ACACCGACAAAGAAGAGAAUCAAUCACACACUGACUCUCUCUUUCUCACUCUCACUUCUGAGCGAGUCAUGACUCGGUCGGCUUAAAUGGCGAGUACAGGGAAGACUCGGUUCGACUCGGGCUGAUUCGCGGCGAUGUCCACGGAGGUUAGCCCUUUGGUUAAACGCCGUCGUUCCCGGAACAUUGGAAAAGAUGUUGCCACACAAUACAUUCUGGGUUGGGAUUGGCUGGCUCCUAUAAGGGAUAGGAACACUGGCAUAUGGGAUGAGGUGUCUGUAUCAAUAACUGGGCAAGUGAAAAUAAUUGAUCCCCACUUGGUUUCAUCGUUUUUUGACGAUUACAAGAGGGUGUAUUUGCAUGCUACAACAGAGUUAGAAAAUAGAAGUGCCUGGGUUGUUGAGUGUUCUUUGAAUAUCCAAGUAACAAUAGGAGUUGAGGGAAACAUUUGUUUAGUACAGCAUCUUCAAACUCAAAACUUGUCAUUCCCUGCUGGAUCACAUAUGCAAUAUACAUUUCCUGAGCUUUACUUCUACAAUCCUGACUUAUGGUGGCCGAAUGGUUUGGGAAAACACUCCUUGUAAAAUGUUCAUAUUACUGUUGAUGUAAAGGGAUAUGGAGAAUAUGAUGCUUGGAGCCAUCUAUUUGGCUUCCAAAAAAUUGAGAGCCAUAUUGAUAGUGCCACGGGUGGAAGGUGUGGCAAGAGUUUUGGAGUACUGAAGACAUUGAAAUGGUGACCCGUUAUCAAAUCUGAAUGGUCCCCUGGAUCAUGAUCUUCUCUUGCUAUGUGCAAGAGACACUGUCAAGCUUCCAAGGAACCAUCCAAGUCUUGCUCUUUGGGUAGGUGAAAAUGAGCAAGUUCCACCAGAUGACAUCAACAGAGCUUUGAAAAAUGACUUGGGACUCCAUCCUUAUUUCGAAAACUCCAAUGAAAUCAGUAAAUCUUUGAAGCUUUAUCUGCAGUGUCAAAAGAUCCUAGCCAAUAUUUUGAUGGUACACGUGUUUACAUCCAAGGAUCCUUGUGGGAUGGAUUUGCAAAUGUAAGGGGGCUUCAAUGAUGGCCCUUAUGAAAUCCGAAAUCCUGAAGCAUUUUUUAAGAAUGAUUUUUACAGCCAUGGAUUCAAUGCUGAGGUUGGUUCUGUCGGGAUGGCUGUUGCAGAUACUAUCAGAGCAACAAUGUCUCAAGAAGGCUGGCAGAUUCCGUUGUUUAAGCAACUUCCUAGUGGGUACACGGAAGAAGUUCCAAACCCCAUAUGGGAAUAACAUAAAUAUAUUCCCUAUUCAAAGCCAAAAAAAUGUGUUGAUCAGAUUGAACUUUAUAGAACCCCAAAGGAUCUUGAUGAUUUUUGUUUAGAGAGCUCUAUUGGAGGGCUGGACUUCCCAUAAAUACACUAGUCCUGAUUUGGAAGGCACAGAACCUUGGACUGGUCUUAGUGAUCAGUUAAAUGAUCAUCUCCUACACCAAUUGGCAGGUUUCUAUGGCUGUCGCUGUGCUGUAGAACCAUUCCAUGUCCUGCUGAAUCUGGCUACAUAUUUUAUAGAGGGGGUGGCUGAAGUGCUUAAAUUUGUGUUUCUUAAACCAAAUAAUAUUUCAAAAGGGAGCACAUAUGAAACUAAUGCAUUUUACUCAAAGUCAUUCUUCGUACUUGAUGCUAUUUAAAAUGAUACCAUGCAUCUAGAGACUUCGCAAUUGUUUUCUGAUCCUGCCAUCAGCAAGUUGUCAAUACUACGUCUAAGGAAUUGUCUAACAUAGCUAUUGAAGUUUGAGUCUGGGAUCUAGAAGGUACAUUUCCGUACUACAAAGUUUUUGAAAAUCUCUCUGCUCCGGCCAAAUAACAGUACCCAUAGUUGAGAUGAAGUAUCCAAAGUCUAACAACCCAAAGCUGGUCUACUUCCUUCUCCUCAAACUCUACCACACAUCAGACUGGUAUUUUAUCUAGGAACUUUUACUGGUUGCAUCUAUUUGGUGGAGAUUACAAGCCGCUGGAGCCAUACGGAAUGAAAAAAAUAACCCUCAAGAUUACAUCCAAGGUUUUCAUCAAAGGGUUCACUUAUAAAAUUGAAAUGCAUGUUGAAAAUGUGGCCAAGAAAGCUUACUCUAACAGAUUAACCUAUAUGAACAAAUAAUGUUAGAACUUUUUAUUACGUUAUUCCCAUUAAGAUCACUUUUAAGGUUAGACUAAGCUCCAUUCAAGGAGAGUAUGAAAGAAAAAUGGACUUUAUAUCAAGGAUCAACCGUUCGAAUUCUUCCUGUUCAUUACUCAGACAACUAUUUCUUGUGUGUGUCCAGCAAGGUUAUUCCCAUUAAGAUCACUUUUAAGGUCCCUCUAGGUGUCAUGCUUUGAGUUUCACUUCAUGGCUGGAAUGACCAUGACUGUCCAUUGAGCUGGGUAAAGAAUACUCUUUUAAUGUUUGUUUGCAACCUUGUGGAAGUAUAAAAUCUAUUGAGGUCAAGUUUUACAGAGGAAAUCAUUAUCACAAGUUUCCGGAAUGCUGAAAAUUAAUUUCCAACUCUUACAUACUUAAUUGUCCUUUUUUGCACUGAGAAACAUUUUUUACUUAAAGUUUCACCAGUAAUACUAGAAAUGAAGCAGCUAAAUAAAUUGAGAGAACCUUCUUUAUUUUUGCCAAUGUUAUUUAGUUCUUCUUAUGUGAAAUACCUUCAAAAUUUUAAUAUAUGGUGUUGACUCCAUGUGUAAAUAAUUUGCAGAUAUGGACCUUUUUAACACUUGCUUGCUUUUUA